AUGGAGGUUCUGCCUCUGCCUUCAUCAAGUGGGUUGCAGGAAUUGCACGUUCUUGCUGUGGAUGAUAGUUAUGUAGACAGGAAGGUUAUUGAGAGGUUGCUCAAGAUAUCUGCUUGUAAAGUAACGGCUGUGGAGAGUGGGAAAAUGGCUCUAGAGUAUUUGGGGUUGGAAGGAGAGCAUAACCCAGUCGAUUUUGAUGCUCUAAAGGUGAAUUUGAUUUUGUCGGACUAUUCCAUGCCUGGGAUGACUGGGUAUGAGCUGCUUAAGAAGAUCAAGGGUUCAUCAGAAUUGAAGGAAAUUCCUGUGGUCAUCAUGUCAUCAGAGAAUAUUCUUACUCGAAUCGACCGGUGCUUGGAGGAAGGAGCAGAAGAGUUCCUAAUGAAGCCUGUCAAACUGUCAGAUGUGAAGCGAAUUAGGGAUUUUGUUUUGAGAGGAGAAGGGGAAAGUGAGAGCAGGGGACUAAACCUCAAAAGAAAACUAUCUGAUGAAACAUCACUCUCGCUCACCCAUCCUUCAGCAUCACAAUGUUCCUUUACUUCUGACCUUCCUGCACCACCAAAGCCAGUCUUAGGAGUGCUUCCAUCACUUUCAAAGCGUUCAAGAUUGCGAGAAAAUGUUAAUGAAUGUUAA